UCCCAACGUUUCUAUCAACGUUUCAAUCGUUUGCAAAGUACAGGAACAUCCAAUUUAUAUAGAUAGUAGACUCGACAACCUUUGCUCACCACACCCCUGUGUCCCUAGAUACACAGCACAGAUCCUUCAACAACCCUCAAAAGAUCUCCCAACACACACAUAAACAAUCGCCGCCGGUGACGAUGGCAAGAGUCGUGAUGACCAACAUGUCGCCAGCCAUGUCAUCCUCUCCGCCGUCGUCGCCGACCUCGUCAUCUCUCUCCCCCCAGCCGUCGGUGGUGCCGCUGUCGACCGCCAUCCCGGUGCGCACGAUCCCAGGCAGCUACGGGUGGCCGCUCCUCGGCCCGAUGUCGGACCGCCUGGACUACUUCUGGUUCCAAGGCCCGGAGAAAUUCUUCAAGAAGAGGAUUGAGAAGUACAAGAGCACCGUGUUCCGGGCGAAUGUGCCCCCGUCGUUCCCCUUAUUCGGGAACGUGAACCCCAACGUGGUGGUCGUCCUUGAUUGCGAGUCCUUCUCUCACUUGUUCGACAUGGAGAUCGUGGAGAAGAGGAAUGUUCUCGUCGGCGACUUCAUGCCGAGCGUGAAGUACACCGGCAACAUCCGGGUCUGCGCCUACCUCGACACUUCCGAGCCUCAACACGCUCAGGUGAAGAACUUUGCGAUGGACACACUCAAGAGGAGCUCCAAAGUAUGGGAGAACGAAGUGAUCUCGAACCUGGACACCAUGUGGGACACCAUCGAGUCCAACCUCGCCAAGGACGGCAAGGCCAGCGUCUUCUUUCCUCUCCAGAAGUUCCUCUUCAACUUCCUCUCCAAGUCCAUCAUCGGCGCCGACCCGGCCGCCUCGCCGCAGGUGGCCGAGUCCGGGUACGCCAUGCUCGACCGGUGGCUCGCCCUCCAGAUCCUCCCCACCGUCAACAUCGGCAUACUGCAGCCUCUAGAGGAGAUCUUCCUGCAUUCAUGGGCGUACCCUUUUGCGCUCGUGAGCGGGGACUACAAGAAGCUCCACCAGUUCGUCGAGAAGGAAGGCCGAGAGGUGGUCGAGAGGGCGAAGGCCGAGUUCGGACUGACCCACGAGGAGGCCAUCCACAACUUGCUGUUCAUCCUCGGCUUCAACGCCUUCGGCGGCUUCUCGGUCUUCCUCCCCACGCUGCUGAGCAACGUGCUCGGCAGCGACGCGGCCGGGCUGCAGGAGCGGCUGAGGAAGGAGGUCCGGGAGAAGGGAGGGCCGAGGCUGGGGUUCGAGGCGGUGAAGGAGAUGGAGCUGGUGAAGUCGGUCGUGUACGAGACGCUGCGGCUCAGCCCGCCCGUCCCGCUCCAGUACGCCCGGGCCAGGAAGGACUUCCAGCUCAAGUCGCACGACUCAGUCUUUAACGUCAAGAAAGGCGAGCUGCUGUGCGGGUACCAGAAGCUGGUGAUGAGAGACCCGAAAGUGUUCGACGAACCGGAGAGUUUCAAGUCGGACCGGUUCGUCCAGAACAGCGAGCUGCUGAAUUACUUGUUCUGGUCCAACGGGCCGCAGACCGGAUCGCCGACCGGGUCGAACAAGCAGUGCGCGGGCAAGGACUACGUCAUCCUCACCGCGUGCCUCUUCGUCGCCUACAUGUUCCGGCGGUACGAUUCCGUCAGCGGAAGCUCGAGCUCGAUCACGGCGGUUGAAAAGGCCAAAUGAGUUGACGUGCGUUUGUAUGCAUUUCGGGCUUUGUUGGGCUUGAGGCCCGGCCCAUAUAUUUAUACAGAGUGAUGGCCUCUUCAUAAAUUGUCGUGAUAAAUCAACAUUCAAAUUAUUUAAUGUAGGAAGUAUAAGUGCAGAAAACUUCAUAAUAAAGAAAAGGACUUGCUAGUAGGAUA